AUGUUCAUCAUCACCGAUAUUUCCAUUUUCUUGUGCCCAUCGAUCGCACUAUCGUCCAGUGCCAAUCGACCGCCUAUCGAGGCGCCCCCUUCCCUGUUGAAUGGUGAUUUUGCAAAUUGUUUAUGCCCGUGCACCGGUCGGCAGAAGUUUAGUUUUUUCCUACCCCUCAGCCCGGCGCUUCCACUUGUCCUUGCCACUACGUUGCCUUUGUUGACCACGAGUGCCCUUUCAGACUCCAGCAGCUGUGCUUCCUGGUUUGGACCCCGAUCCGGCCCGCGAUCCCGUCUCCUCGUCUGGGCAUGA